UCUGUGAGCGGUGUGCGUCCGUGGUGCUGUAACCUUGUGGGUGAAGUUUGGGCUCUGUGUUACCUCAGGCUGCCGCCCGGGCCUUUUUCCCGCUCAAAUUGAAAUGUUUUAUAGCAGUUUAUGUCUUUUCUGCCGUAAAUAAUGCACUUCUGAAGUUUUGCCCCCCCCCGUGCCCCGGCACCUGUUAACUCUGGGAUACCCCCCCCCUUUCUCUGUUAACAUGUGAAGAGGAGACACCUGAGGCGCGUUGGGGAAAUUCAGAUAUGGAGGACGCCCCCGGCGGGGAUCGCUGCCUGAAUCGCUGGGCAGAAGAGAACAAUCGCAUUGUGUGUGAAUGGCGCGGGCAAGCAAAGAUUUGCACCGAUCCAAACCUCCUGCUUCAGAGGAGGCAGCGGUGUCGCUCCGACUUGGACAUCCUGCUCCAGAAGAUAAAAGGGUUGCCGCUUGCCAGACCCAGUGCUUCUUUGGAGCUGUCUGUGGCUUAUAACGCAGUGAUUUUACAUAUUAAUUUGGGAAACGGUGUGAAGGAUGAAUGCAACCAACUGAUAGAGGAGACGUUGGUAAGAGUUUUGGAAGCCCACGGCCUGGAUUACAGCAACGAGACGAGCUCCGCUCUCUGGAAAAAGGCUUUUCUUGCUGAAUGUCUCCAGGAACUCUCCCCAAACCUGCAGGCACUCGCCGCUUUACAGUCUCUGGUCUGGGUGGCACAAGGGAACGUUGAGGACGUUUUGGGCUUGUUUCGGCUGUUUGUUAGUUUUCAGGUUAGUAACACAGGUUCCCCGACGUCCGUCCUCAAAACAUGGGCUCCUGCCGAGAGGACGGAGGCUGCGGCCAAAGUGCUCGAUCCGAUGCGGCUUAAAGAAGCUCUGUGUGUGGCCGUCGCUUUGCAGCAAGGCCUCCAUAGAAUGGGUGCCGGCGAUCCCGUCAGUGCCUUCGAUCUGUUCCAGGAAGCUGUAGAUGGUCAGUGCACCAGCGCUCUAUUGGCCAAAAUCUACAAUUGCCAGGGAUACUGUUUGAUCAAGAUGGGGAAGCCGCAGCUGUCUCUGCAGUAUAUGAGGCAGUCUCUGCAGCUGGAUUUCAGGUGUCUGUCUGCGCUGUAUAAUAGCUCUCUGGCGUACCGUGAGCUGGGCAGGUUGGAAGCGGAGAUCGAGGUGUUAAAUCUGCUUUACAAGGCUUUGUGUCUUUCCUCCCCCGAAGCCCCAGCAGAAGAUCCAGGCUUACUAAUUAAGCCCGAACAGUUUGUGGAUAUCGAGCGUUUGAACCGCUGGGCUCGGGCUCCUUGUUCAGCAGAAAUAAAAUAUUUAUUAGCGCGCCGCUGUCUCCAGAGCCAACGGGUGGCCGAGGCAGCUGAGAACUUCACGGAACUCCUGGAAGCUUUAAGGCACGAAUCGUACCAGGAAGCUCCGUUACCCAGUCCUGCUCCUCUCCCUGCGAUCGCAGAGGUGUUUCUCGAAGCAGCCGCGAGUUUCAUACAUGACGAGAAAUUUGACGACGCCGCAUCCGUGUGCGAAGACGUCCUUGCCAAGUCACAAGCGAUGAUCCCGGGCAGACUCGUCAUAGAUGGAGCCCAAGAAGCACGAAGCCACACAGAAACUGACCAAAUAAACUGCGUCCUUUGGACAUCCGCUGCUCGUCUAUUCCAGGCCGUGAUUCAGGGGCUUCUGGGUGAACACAAGAAAUCUGUGGAGGAAUUCUCCAGGUCCCUUAACGUGUUACUCGCUGUCCAAUUCACAAACGCAGUAGAUCGUGGCCGUGUGAUCGAUCCAGCUGCCGGCGGGGUGCGAGCGAAAGACAUGCUAGUCUUCGACGUGCUGAAGGCCUGCAGCUUUAUCGGCAGAGGACGCCAAUUCUUGGAGCUGGAGAAGGGCCGGGAUGCAUUGCUGAAUGCCCAGCUCGGCUUACAAACCUCGCCAGCCUUCCCGCAAGCGACCGCCGUAUUCCUGAGUUGCCUUUGGCAGCUGAACCGGAAGGAAGAAGCUGUAUUUCAAUGGCGGAGACUUCAGGCUAAUAAAACGCUCUCGGAUCAGCAGUGGAAGGCGACCGAGCAAUUCCUGCCGCUGUUUCUGCUCCAGCACAUAAAUCACAAAUUCUAUACGAAUGAAGCCGUGCUGAAAGCUGUCCGGGAAUCCGCCGAGGGGGGUGAUGGAGGAGAGCGGAUGGAGCUGGAGCCCUAGGAGGAAGGCGGCUCGCUUGUAUCGCUCCCGUGCUUUCGGACUUUAUAAGCUUCGCCGUGCUGUCAGAGUUUGCGUAGAAGACGUGAACUGCGCUUUAUCAACAGGGAAGCCGGCUCCAUAUUCUUACAGGGGGUCUGUGACGCUUUGUGACGAGUGUUUACCUGGUCCCUGUACCCCCAACAGCCCGAACCACUGAGAGAGGGGGAGACAAGAGUAUUUACCUUAAAACAAAAACAA